AUGGCGACACUCUCCUCCUCACCUUCGCAGGACAACAGGACCAGUAUCGACGUCGGCUCGCACGAUGUUGAGAAGCGCCUCUCCCUCUCGCAUCAUGACAUGACCAAGCCACACGACAGGGCGCUUGACGCGCUCGGUGACGAAAUGGUCGAGAUGACCGACGAGCAGAGCCGCCUGGUUUGCCGCAAAAUCGACAAGGCGAUCCUGCCGAUCCUCAUGUGGGUGUACUUCCUGCAGAUUCUCGACAAAAGUUGCGUCGGUUACGGUGCCGCGUUCGGAAUGAAGGAGGAGGCAGGCCUCGUCGGUGACCAGUACUCGACGGUCUCGUCAGCAGGCUACUGGGCCCAGCUGGCGCUCUGCUGUGGUCCCACCGCGUUCUUGAUCGUCAAGGUCAAGACAAGGUUGCUGCUCGGUGCGUGCAUCCUUUUCUGGGGCACGGCGAUGAUUGGCCUCGCCUUCUCCAAGAACUUUGGCGCCCUCCUCGCCAACCGCUUCCUCCUCGGCCUGUUCGAGGCCGUCGCCAUCCCCCUCUUCACCGUCAUCACUGCGACCUGGUACCGCCGCCGUGAGCAGCCCCUCCGCAUUGCUUGCUGGUACGGCACGAACGGUGUCGCUUCCAUGCUUGGCUCGCUGCUCGCAUACGGGCUUUCGUUCAUCAAGUCUCCCCACCUCUACGUCUACCAGAUCUUGUUCCUGACUGUCGGCCUCGCCACCGUCCUCACGGCUCCGCUCCUGUACUGGCGUCUCGACAACUCGCCUGCCGAGGCCCGCUUCCUCACCGACGAGGAGAAGCGCUGGGCCAUCGAGCGCCUCCGCGACAACCAGACCGGCGUCGAGACAAAGGUCAUCAAGUGGAACCAGGUCUGGGAGACGUUCUACGCUCCCCCCAUGAUCUUCUACGCCCUCAUCACUUUCUGUGUCAACACCGGUGCCUCGGUCACCAACACUUUCGGCCCCCUCAUCAUCCGCGGCUUUGGCUUCAACGCCCGCCAGACCAUGCUGCUCAACAUCCCCUUCGGAUUCGUGCAGACCUGCGUGUGCUUUGCCGGCUGCCUCAUGGCUGCGCGCUUCGGCUACAAGGGCUUCAUCCUCAUGGCCUUCAUGAUCCCGUGCGUCUUCGGCAGUGCGAUGCUCUAUGGCAUCGGUAAUCGCCUCAACGGUCUCCGCCUCUUCUCAUACUACUGCAUCGCCUUCCUCUUCGGCUGCAACCCGCUCAUCUUCUCGUGGCUUGCCGCCAACACGGGUGGACACACCAAGAAGUCGCUCUCAAUCUCUCUAUGCAACGCCGCGUCCGCCGUCGGCAACAUGGUCGGACCCUACAUGUUCACCCACGGCGCACCACUGUACCACACCGGUCUUGGUGCUUGCAUGGGCAUCUUCUGCGCCUGCUUUGCCCUUUCUGGCGGCCUCGUCCUGGUCCUCAUUGCCAUGAACAAGCGCAAGGAGAAGCAACGCGUUGCCAACGGCAAGCCCGCCAAGAUUGCCAACGCCUCCAUGGAGAAGGAGUACCGUCGCACCGCUGAUGGCGUGCUCGGCCAGCAGGCGUUUGACGAUCUUACGGACCUGCAAAACGACGAGUUCGUUUACGGAAUCUGA